GGGCGAUUCGACGACGAAGGAAAAACCAAGCCCAGCGUCUCUUGACUGCUGGUUGCGUCAUAGAGAACAGUACCUCGCAGUUUCCGUGGUAAGUACGCUGCUUCCUUUUCAGUUACAUAAUCAACUACUCCUAUUUUCUAAAGACGGUGUAUCUCAGUGUUCGUGGCUGAAGCAGCAGUCGGUUAAUUGGUGAUUAGGCUAGCGCUCUGAGCGCGUCUUCCACAUAGCCAUAGGGUAAGUUCGAGUUUUCGUUCCCAGAAGCUCAUAUGUAAGUUGUGUUUGCGUUUGCGUUUGCUGAUGAUUCUCGUCCCUGCAAGCGAUUGUCUACAGCACAAGUUGGCGCUAACUGCUUGAACGGCAGAAAUCUUAUUGUGAGAACAGUUUAGGUUCAGCUUGAUUCUAUAGCCGAUACUAAACUACCCGGCAUAAAGAUAGACAACUGUUUUUAAACAACGGUAUUGAAUAUAGGAAAGCGACUUCGCCAUUUGAAAAGAACAGAUACAUUUCUGUGACUGAAAGCUGAGAAGUUUGUUUUACAACUCACUUAUUCAGCUAAUACUUGACUAUGGGGGUUAUUGUGUUGGGAACAUGAAGCAAAGCGAAGCCGCACAUCCAAGACGUUAUCAAUUCACAGAAACGAUGCGCCAGAGUAAUCCUAGACAAAAAAGGAGACACCCCCUCAGGGCCUUCAUUUUGAGACCUUAACGCGGUCAUGCCAUGAUUUGAUAAAAGACAAGAACGCGCUUACAGGGGCCUUUGGUCUCCCUUGCUUGGAGAUUAGAUCGAGAAAGCUUAGGAUAACUGUAUAGGAAUAUUUUUAUUCAUAAAAGUGGCCCUGUCCUUUUGGCCGGUAUUACCGGAGAAAAUGGUGCCGUCCAGCGGGACAUCCUGAGUUUUAGCAACAUUUGUUAGGAGGCAUAUCACAUCUGGGUUUUUUUAUUGCUAAACGGUCAUUCUUUAGGUUUCCAAAAAGCCAGGGUAACUAAACAGGAGUGUUUUUUUUUUUUUCGUAAAAAAUGCCUUGUCCUUUUGGCCUGUAUUAUUUAAGGAAAUAGUACCGCCUAGCAGGACAUCCUAAACUAUGUCAGCAGUUGCUUGCAUGUCAGUACUACAUGACAUGCAGCUUGUUAUUGUUACAUUGUAGUAAUACAUACCUUGCCCUCUGAAGACUUUUUCCUACCAGCUGGGGACAGCUGAACAAAGAUAGUUUAAUUCUUUCCUUGUUGUUGUAAUCACCUAAGAAUGUUACACUGUAUAGGUUUUGCUAUUUCAUCACCUUUGCAAAGAAGAUUAUUGAAUGGAAAGUCAUUCAUCAUGCAAUUCCAUCAAAAUAAAUAUGAAUUUUAAAUAUUAUCCAUCAAAACAAUUUUCAUACAUGUACAUCACUACUGUUAUAAGGAUUUGGACAAAACGCGCGUGAAAUUAUUCCCUAAUUUCACUCGUCAUCAUUUGAUUACACAUACUUAGAGAUAACAUAUAUGAAAAAAUUUCUCGAUUGUGAUUGGCUAAGAGAAAUGCAGUUUUCAGGUAACACGGUGCAGAAAAAAGGUAAUUUAAUGCAGAAAAGAGUAACAAACGUGACGCUCUGUUAGGCUAAUAAACAAAGGAACUCACUGAGAGCCAAUCAAAUGCGCCAUCUAAAUGGCGCAAAAUUUGGAUCCGCUCCGGACCAGUUUCGAGCAAAACCCGCAAUGGUUGGCGUUUGCAGCACAUUUGCUUUUGCGACCAAAACAACUGUAGAGGAGCUGAAAAACUGCUCUAAAAAAGAAACACUGCGAAAAGCACUGGUUUUUGGCUCUCUGUUUGGAAGAAUUGGUGCGUAGAUAAUGAAAUUACUGAUGAAAUAGAAAAUUAUCAGCCGGCUGAGCUUAACACUUUGCUCGAGUAUUUCUACGCCGAAAUAAUAAAUUUUUUCAAAGACCACAAUUUUGUUAGCCUUUGAAAAAAUUUACUCGGGCUUAUUAAUUCCAAAUUGCACUCGAAAUCAUGUGAUUAUCUGUACUAUAUCGUGCAAAUGCAAUGUAAAUUAAUUUCUAAUGACAUGUGCAGUCACGCCGACUGGCUCAAGGAACUUUCGGUCGAUCGUGAUUUCAAGAACGUGCUCUUUUUAAGAUAAUUUUGCAAUAAAUCAGAAAUUUCCUUUUCUUGGUUCAUCUUGUCGCUUUGUUACAAAAUAAUAAUGGUUUACAUUAUUAUAGGAAAUUAAUGCUCCAUUAAAUUUAAGGUAUUGGAAAUUAACGCGACUUAAAUUAACGCGAAUUUAAUGGAAAACGACUUUCGAAUAAAGAGAAUUAACGCAAAAGAGGAGGUAGAAUUUCAUAAUAAAGAAAAUUAACGCGAUUAAGACACAGUUGGUGGUGACAACUGGAACAAAUUUAUUCCAACACUGGAUGCAAAAAAAUUCAAAACUGAUCAAAACUGAGCUGACAUCACUUCUGACAGCGACAACGAUGAACAUGAACUCGAAAUAUUGUAAACCUUCGCCUUAGCUUUUGUGAAA